CUCUCCCACUUUAAAUGUUUUUCAUCUCGCAACAAGCAACAAGUUAAAAGCGAAUUACUGUCGGGUUUUGAGUGAAUUUUAUGGAUUUAUUAAUGUUUUUGUGUGCGAGCUAGGUGUGAAAUUGUGUUAGUUACUGUGUUAGUCAAAGGGAUUACCAAAUACAACGGAUUUCAACAGCGUUGACGCCAUAAUUAGCCUGAUUUAAUCAGGUCAAAGCAUCAAAGCGGCCAAAGAGAUAAAGUGCGGCUAAAAGUGAAAACGCAAUCAAAGCGACCGUAUUUCAGAGAGAGCAACCAUACCCCAAACUUAUAGAAACGGGUCCAAAGAAUUGGCCUGGCCGAAAACCGCAAGCACCAAAAGACAGGAGGCCGCAGGGACGAGCACCAGAACGAUGUAGAUGGGAUGGCGUUGAGGCGAGUGGUACUAUAGACAAAGUGUAUCAAUUAUAAUACGGGCGCCAGGAGCGUGCGAGCCAAAGAGAGGGAGAGGGAAGGCAAAAGAAGUGUGAGACCAGGAGUCAGGAUCUAGGAAACAGGAUCCAGGAGUUGGACCCAUUGCACUAGGAAAAAUUCCUAUUUCUGGUAAUCCAUUCGGUAGAAUUUAAAAACAACCACACGGCGCCAUGUUGGCAACGACAAGUACAGCCACAAUUACCUCGGAUCCGGGCAUUCUCUGUUUUCAUCACUGCUACGUAAAAGUUUUUUGCUUCACUUUGCCGCACAUUUGUCCCCAUUGCAAUGAGCCACUGGACGCGGAUGUGGAUGUGGACGUCAAUGCGGAUGCGGAUGAUAGUGCAAGUGCGAGUGCGAGAGCGGAUGCGGAUCUAAAAGCGGAACUAGACAGGAGCGAACAGAAGCCACGCCUCCUGCUCCUGCCCUUCCGUCUGCCAUAUCCCUUUGUGCGGGCCACACAGCAUCCGUGCGCCAUUGUCUUGCGUCCCUCCACUGGCGAUUUUCUCAACGAUUACAGCAACGCCACCGAUUUGCAUAUCGCAGUGACCACAUCCGGCGGCGACAUCGUGGAGUUCGAUCGCAUUGGUCUGCGGCGGCAUCGCCGUGAUGAUAAUCCGCCGGAGUGGCGGCAGUCCCUGCUGGUUGGGGAUGUCCCAGAACCGUGGCACGACUUUUGGGACGAGGUGCUGCAGCAGAUUUGCGCCCAGACUGUUCGAUGGUCCAUUGCCAGUUACGCGGAGGAGACCCACAACUGUUAUGCAUUCGUUCUGGCCUUUCUGCAGGCUCUGGGCCAUGCUCCGCUGAGUGAGGCGGCCAGGAGCAAGACCACCUUCUGUGAACAGUGCAUCGUUCCGAGGACAACGACAGCGGGAAAGUAUAUCUCGCUAUAUCGCAAACUCCGUCGGAGCGGCAUCUACGUCCAUCGCCAGCAGCCGAGGCAUCGGAAUAAGCCUAAGGGCCCAGCAUCCGCCGUCUUGAAUCCUUCUAGUUCCUAUGCCCAUUCUUCAGAUAGCUGCGAUGGUGUCGGCAGCAGCAGAAGCGGCAAUCAGAAGUUACCCGCAAAAGGAUACUCAAGCGGCAGUGCCGCAGGAAUCACAGGAUCUCGCCCUCGUCCCACACUCUGCACCAUCGAGGAGUAA